CUCUUUCUUCUCUUUCCCUCUCAAAUUUUUUCGUUUUGCUCUUUUUGUUCUGAAGCGGAAAGGACCAAUUUUUGGGAGUUUUUGAGUUUUCCCUCCCUUUUCAAAUCCAUAUAUUAAAACCCUUUUCCGAUUCAUUUUCGUUUUCCCUCUCUCUUUUCCAAUUCCCCCCUCUUCAAUUUCAUCCCAAAACCUUCUUCCCCUUUUCUUUUCUAUCUGAUUCUCUAAUACCCAUCUCUGUUUUUUUUCAUUUGAGUGUGUUUUUCUCUUCUUUUCACUCUAAUUAUCUUGUUUUAUUCUCUCUAAUGGCUACCCAUUUGGUUGAUUCUCAAGAAGUUGAUCGAUUUUUGGUUCCUCCGUUGGGAAUUGAAGGUGGGUCUUGGCACUCGACUACUACUGAAGAUGCCCUAACUCAACAAUCUCUAGUUCCUUCUUCCUCUUGCCGUAAUGGGAAUUUUUCGUUUUCGCCUAUGGAUGCCUCUGCUAAUCAGUCUUGGGGUUCUUCUUCGAUAAACCCUACUGGGUCUUCGCCAUUUUCAACUUAUUCGUCUGAUUCUGAUGGACUCGACCCAUUGCCUCCUCUGCCGGGAUCGUCUUUGGAGUGGUCCUCUUCAGAGGAAGCAUUCCCAGAAAAUUCAGUGUCUGCUCAAGAAACCGAAUCUCUAUCUGCGGGUGCGGGACUUGCAAAUUUGGGGAAUACUUGUUUUAUUAACGCAAUCUUGCAGUGCCUCACUCAUACUGCUCCAUUUGUGGAGGGUAUUCGAUCUGCUAAUCAUUAUAUGCCUUGUAACAGUGAAGAUUUUUGUGUUCUUUGUGCAAUUCGAGAUCAUAUUGAGCUCUCCUUAACUUCUCUGGGUGGGAUUAUCUCUCCAGUGAAACUUGUUGAUAACUUGAACUACUUCUCAUCUUUUUUCCGGAGAUACCAACAGGAAGAUGCCCAUGAGUUCAUGCAGUGCUUCUUGGAUAAACUUGAAAGAUGCAUGGUUUCAGAAGCAAAGGAUUGGGUUUCUUCAGAGGACGAUGAUCUAGUGAAUAAGGUGUUUGGUGGUCGUCUCAUAAGCAAUCUUUGCUGCUGUAAUUGUGGCCAUUGUUCCGAAACCCAUGAGCCUUUGGUUGACUUGAGCUUGGAGAUUGAGAAUGUAGACUCCCUUUCUAGUGCUCUGGAAUCUUUCACCAAGGUGGAGAGAAUUGGUGAUCCUGAGACAAAAUUUAAGUGUGAAAACUGCAAAGAGGAAGUGUGGGUGGAGAAGCAGCUUAAGCUGGAAAAACUCCCUUUGGUUACUACAUUCCACUUAAAGAGAUUCAAGGCUGAUAGUUCUUUUGUUGAGAAAAUCGAAAAGCACUUGGAGUUUCCAUUAGAGUUAGAUUUGCAGCCGUACACCCUGGGAGGCCAGGAUGCAGAGGUGGAACUCAAGUAUGAAUUGUAUGCCAUUGUGGAACACACGGGGUUUUCCUCUACUUCUGGGCACUACUUCAGCUUUGUUCGUUCCUCUCCUGAUACGUGGCACAGAAUGGAUGACUCAUUGGUUACUCCAGUCACCGAAGAGUAUGUGCUGUCACGUGAGGCCUACAUUUUGUUGUAUAAGAGGAAGGGGACUUCAUGGUUCUCAAGUUUAAUUCAACAAUCGGAUCCUUGCUUGAAUUCAGAUUCCUCAAAUCCAUCACCCAACUUGGUUUUGCAAAAUAUCGAUACUGUUUGCUCUUCAUUUGCUGCUGAGUCUAAUGUCAAUCACGAACCUGCAAAUGCACCUGCGGAUACUUUGCAACCAAGUCCUGCUCGGUUUUCAUGUGAAAUGGGGAAUCAAGAUACUGGUGUCAAUGAUUUGGAAAAUGCUACUUCUGUUAACUUGAAUAUAGUUGAGAGUGCAACAACGAAGUCUUCUCCCAUUGUAACUAAGAAUCUCUGUUUGAAUGAUGAUGAUGAAAGUAUUGAUGGUUUCCAUCCUCUAUCGCCAAUGAGAUCUCCCAGCCCCGAUAAUAUCUUUCGGACUCCAGAACCACAAUACCGAAUCCCAGUUGAUCAUCUGAAGACAGAAAAGUGCUCGACAUCUGGUAGCCCAUUGGAUAAGGGUGUGGAAGAUUCUGAAAGAAAAGCAGCCAUGAGGUACGUCAAGAAGAACAUGCCAGGUUCGAGAGGGUCGAAAAUGAUUGCUGCUAUAUUGGGAUCUCAGAGCGAAGGGUCCUCUUUGAACAAGAAGAAGAGACUAAGGUCAUUACCAUGUAAAAGGUCAAGCCCGCCUAACACUCGUCGCAAAACAAGUAUAGUUCUGUGAUGUGUUUCAUGGCAGCCGAAAGCCGAAGCAAGCCAAGUUGAUAGAUUUUUGAUUUGUAGUUUCCCUUGCUUUUUACCCUCCCUCUCUAAAGUUGUGUAGGCUAUUUUUUUAGAGGUAAAUAUGUGGUGAUGACCUUUAAAUUUAUUUCUAGCUAUCAUAAGAGUUCAGGUUUUGGAUUCGACCUCAGUCGAACAAUGCUUUUUCAAUCUGUAUAGAGAACAUUUUCAACCUUGAUGCUUGACAUGUUAUAUAAUCAAAUUCAUGUCUGAUGACGAUCUGUUUCAA